ACUUAGCGCGUACCCAUUACAAUUUCAAACCUACUCGCCCGACACCUACACCAACCGCCUCUAUGUUUCGCGCCGUGCGACUGCCAAGGAGACAGCUCCUAGCAGCAGCGGCAGUUGCUGUCGCUAUCAACAGUCCCCAGGAGAAGCUGGGUAUAUACUCUCGUGCUGAACCUGUCAUAACCCUGCAAGAGUCUCCCUCGGAACUCGAACGUCAGAUAGGCAAAGCGAGGAGAGCAGUGACGUCUACGUAUGGGGACGCCUAUGCGCGUGUGCAGGGUGUAGUCUCGAGUUGGAUCGGUGUCGAACAAGCUGUCGAAAAACGGGUAAAGUCGCUCAUCGACCCUGAAGAACCUCUCACCCCUGGGAUCCUCUACGUCGGCGUCGCCACUCUCACAGGCUCAGUCCUAGCCCGCAACCGACUCCUCCUCUGGCGACUCGCGCUCCCACCCACGCUUCUCCUCCUCUCCCUAAACCAUUUCCUCCCCAAGACCACACACAACAUCUCAAGCUAUCUCAGCACGCUCGAAGAAACCUAUUUCCCCACUCUCGCCGAAAAGCACGCGAUCGCUAAUGCGCAUACACGUAUGACCUGGGAACGCGCCAAAGAAGCCACUCAAAAUGGUCGGGAGAGAAUCUCGCAGGGGCUCGUUGGGGCUAUAGAUAAGGCACAGGAGGUUAGUGGGUUGAAGUUGAAGGAGACGUUGGGGUUGGGGACGGAGGCUGUGGCUGCUGCGAAGGUUGGGACGCAGCAUGCUGUGGAGGUUGUGGAGGAGAAGGCUGAGGAGGCGAAGGAGUUUUUGGAGAGUAAGGCUGAGGGUGCGAGGGAGGCUGUUGUGGAGAAGAUUGAGGAUGCUUCGAAGGUUGUUGCGGAGCAGAAGAAUGCUGAAGAGACGGGGACGAAAGCUGAGCCUGAGGAAGUAAAACGUUUGGUGUAGGCACACACGUCUCUAUAGAACAAGUUCGUGAUAGAAUAACUUUGGUGGAUUCCUCCUCACUCUCUUCAUUUGAUCCAUCGGUUGAAUGUGAUCAACAUAUACUGCAGUCUUCUGAACAUUAGAUUACUUCACCAACACCUCACAUCUACUGUCAUUCAUCGCAAGUGUUACCUUUCUACAUACUUUGUCGCUAAUAGUAUGCUCAGUCAAUGGAAAUGCCCUAAUAGUGAUGUAUA